UACUCCUGCAAAAUUGCCCUCGAGCAGGCUGCGUCGUGCAACCUGAUUUCUUAUUGUUAGGUGCUCGUAAGGAAAAUAAAUGGACUUGGAAUAAGGCAAAAAAGAAUCCUCUUAUGGAUAGAUAUCAGAUUAAAAGGUUUCUUCAUUGCCAGCAGCUACAGAACAUCCAAAACCCCUUAAUAAAAAAAGCACCAGAGUUACCAAUCCUAGAGAGGAAAAACUGGUUGAUCUAUCUCCUUUAUGUUCGCAGAGACUACGACGAAUGUAAGGCAGUCAUCAAAGAGCAGCUCCAGGAGUCUCAAGGGCUGUGCGAAUAUGCAGUUUAUGUUCAAGCUCUGAUAUUUCGCUUGGAGGGGAAAAUUCAAGAAUCUCUUGAACUUUUUCAGACAUGUUCUAUUCUGAACCCUCGAAGCGCUGACAACCUCAAGCAGGUGGCACGAUCUCUGUUUCUUUUGGGGAAGCACAAGGCAGCCAUUGAAGUGUACAAUGAAGCGGCUAAACUUGAUGAAAAAGACUGGGAGAUCAGCCACAACCUGGGCGUGUGCUACAUGUACCUGAAACACUUCAACAAGGCACGAGACCAGCUAAACAAUGCCCUGGAGCUCAACAGACAUGAUCUGACUUACAUGAUGCUGGGGAAAAUUCACCUAUUGGAGGGGGAGACGGAUAAAGCCAUUGAAAUCUAUAAGAAAGCCGUAGAGUUUUCUCCAGAAAACACAGACCUCCUUACAACACUGGGGUUACUUUAUUUGCAGCUUGGGGAUUAUCAGAAGGCUUUUGAACACCUUGGAAACGCGCUUACUUACGACCCAGGCAACUACAAGGCUACCUUGGCAGCUGGCAGCAUGAUGCAGGCCCAUGGAGAUUUUGACGUUGCCCUCUCCAAGUACAGGGUGGUGGCCAGCACAGCGCCUGAAAGCCCCCCGCUGUGGAACAACAUUGGGAUGUGCUUCUUCGGGAAGAAGAAAUAUGUAGCAGCUAUCAGUUGCCUGAAGCGGGCAAACUACUUGGCUCCCUUUGACUGGAAGAUUUUAUACAAUUUGGGGUUAGUUCACCUCACAAUGCAGCAGUAUGCAUCUGCUUUCCACUUCCUCAGUGCUGCUAUCAACUUCCAGCCCAAGAUGGGAGAGCUCUAUAUGCUCCUUGCAGUUGCUCUGACAAACCUUGAAGACAUUGAGAAUGCAAAACGUUCCUAUGAGCAAGCUGUGGCACUGGACAAGUGCAACCCUCUUGUCAACCUGAACUAUGCUGUGCUACUGUAUAACCAGGGCGACAAGAAGGGAGCCCUCUGCCAGUACCAGGAGAUGGAGAAGAAGGUCAAUGCAAUGAAGGAGAGCAGUACUCUCGACUUUGACCCUGAGAUGGUGGAGGUUGCCCAGAAGAUGGGAGCUGCCCUGCAGGUGGGGGAGAGCCUGGUCUGGACUAAGCCUUCUAAAGAGUCUAAAUCCAAGCAGAGAGCUGCUCUGUCAGGGAAAUCCUCCAGCACUCAGCAGCCUUUGGGCUCUAACCAAGCCCUGGGUCAAGCCAUGUCUUCAGCUGCAGGGUAUGGGAAAACCAUGCAGCUUCCCCCAGGUGCUGGAGCAUCAGCUCCACUUGCAAAGCCCCCCUCACUGCCUCUGGAACCAGAACCAAGCUCAGAAAUGAGCCCCGAGGAGCCCUCAGCACCUACAGGGGCUGAGGAAGAGAGGAAAGAAAAGCGGAAGAGCCGUCAGGCAGCGGACUAGGACAGAUUCUGGUCAGGACAGGCGGGUGCAGGAGCAUCUCCAGAGCUGCCUGCUGGCCUGUGGGGAAAAGGACCUGCCAUUUCCCCCAACCCAUGGUGGCUUCACCCCACUGUCAGUUAGUCUAAAUGCAGCUGUUUUCUGUUAAUUAUUUUAGCACACAAUCUCUACGUUGUCCCAAGGAGAUGUUGCAGCAAUCAGGAGAGGUUUCUGCAUAGCUGCUGCUAGUGUGGUCACAGCUUACUACCAGCGACAGGAGCAUGGAGACCCACCUGCCCACAGGGCUGGCAGUCCUCCGUGCUUGGGCGUGAGUCCUCCGGAAGGAUGCUGAGGCAUCCAGUAUGUUUAGAAAAGCCAGCAGCAGUGACUUAGCAUCCCGGACCCCAAAGAGGAUCAAACCCUUCCAGUGGCUGAACUUGUAAGCAGCUGAGGAAGCCCUACACAGGCUGUAAGAGAGGGGGCGAAGGUGGCACAGUUCACCAGGGCAAGUGCAGAGCAGUAAGCCAGGCUGGGGACUUAGCACAGCCUGGCUUACCGUGAGACAGGGGCUGUCGCUCUCUGUUUCACAAGGGCAAGACUUUGUAAAUGCUUUCUCGAGGCUGAAAAAAGGAAGCUGAAACAGCUGGGAGCCGGUAUUCCUGAGCAGGGCUAUGUGAUGGUCACCAGGCACGAGAGGCACUUUCAGGCCCGCACAGUCCUUAGCGCUGGCCGUGGUGGAGCACAGGGGAGCUGCAUAGCAGAGGCCAGCUGGUUUGUCUGGGGCCAUCGUGCCAUUAACACGCAGCCCAGCGCGGAUGGAUGAUCAAGGCAGACCUGCUGGGCUAAUGGCACCUUUUCUUUAGGGCUAUUCACCUUCUGAUCCCAGGAUCACUCUUUGUAUUUCACAGACUCACCUGGGUUGGAAAAACCCUUGCAGCUCCUCCAGUCCAAGCACGAACCUCACCCUGACCGUUCCCAACUCCCCCAGAUCCCUCAGCGCUGGGUCAGCCCGACUCUUCAACCCC